AUGAUGUUGAAGCACACACGUCCCUGUGCAAUGCAUGGUUGGUUGGUUGCAUGCAUGCAUGCAGGUGCUGCAGGUCCAGCCAGCCAUGCAAUCGAGGGAGGGACGGAAGGCCGGGCGUCCAUUGGAACCCGGCCCCCUGGUUUCCGUCCGGUCCCUUUCGACGAAAUAGGUAGCGUCAGCCAACGCCGAGUCUUGGCCCGGGCCGGGCAGCGCCUGAAUGGACGGAUGAGAUUCCUCGAGAUGAAUGUGAAUGUGACGAUGUUAGAGGCUGCUUCGCAACGGCGGGCGGGAACAAGACGGGAAAGGCUCUAG